GCUGUUACCGGGGCCAAUCUCAGCCAGCUCGCCUUUUCCCGGCGGCCUCUGCGGGAGCGGUGGGUGUUGUACACAAUCAUCAUGGCGGCGGCCGGAGCCCCGGAUGGCAUGGAGGAACCUGGCAUGGACACGGAGGCAGAGACCGUGGCGACCGAGGGGCCCGCGCGGCCCCUCAACUGUUUGGAGGCCGAAGCCGCGGUGGGGGUGGCGGCCGAGGACUCCUGCGCCGCGCGAGGCAGUCUUCAACCUGCCCCGGCCCAGCCCCCUGGGGACCUCACGGCCCAGGCCUCGGUCAGCAACGGCGAGGACGCGGGCGGCGGCGCGGGCAGGGAGCUGGUGGACCUGAAGAUCAUCUGGAACAAGACUAAGCACGACGUGAAGUUUCCCCUGGAUAGCACAGGCUCCGAGCUAAAACAGAAGAUUCACUCGAUUACAGGUCUCCCGCCUGCCAUGCAGAAAGUCAUGUAUAAGGGACUUGUCCCUGAGGAUAAGACGUUGAGAGAAAUAAAAGUCACCAGUGGAGCCAAGAUCAUGGUGGUUGGCUCCACGAUAAAUGAUGUUUUAGCAGUAAACACACCCAAAGAUGCUGCCCAGCAGGACGCAAAGGCCGAAGAGAACAAGAAGGAGCCUCUCUGCAGGCAGAAACAACACAGGAAAGUGUUGGAUAAAGGAAAACCUGAAGAUGUGAUGCCAUCUGUUAAGGGUGCCCAGGAGCGCCUGCCAUCUGUACCCUUAUCUGGCAUGUACAAUAAGUCCGGGGGAAAAGUGAGACUUACCUUUAAGCUAGAACAAGACCAGCUGUGGAUCGGCACUAAAGAUUCCUGGAGGGAACCGAACAUGCCUAACUCACCUGUUUCUGGCCAGCACUAUUUUGCUUUCUGCAAAGCUGUAAUGAGUUUUCCAGCUUGGUUUCUCCAUGUGCUGAGAACUCCUCCCUGUCCCUGAGGUGUCUGCUGCUUCUGGGCAGUGGCUUUGUCGUGCAGGUGCCCCCUCCUCUCCUGCCACCAGCCCUGUCCUGCUGCACCCGGCUCACCUCCAGUCUCAUCUCACUCCAGGCAUCCCUCGCUGCCUCCUCUUUCUUACCUGCCAUCCUUAAACUUGCUGCAAAAUGUCUUCUGACCCCAUGUGAUAAGUGGCAUUUAGAGUGUUAAUCAUAAGAGGUUAUGAAUGCUCUCAGAGAACUUCCUCAAGUGUGUGUAUUUGGAGGGGUGGGGGACCAAGGGAGGGAAUGGUGGGGGGAGGGUGAGUGAGCAGGAUCAAGGGAUAGAAGCUGGUCUUAAAGCCCCAAGCCUCCCCCUUCCUGUAUGAGUCACAGGGGCAUGCAGUUGCCUCUUUUUGGUCCCCUUGACUGUCCCAGGUGCCAAAGACCUCAGCCAGGUCUGGGCUUGGCAAUAAGGGUGCAGAGGAAUUUCUUGGGUGUUUACGAAUCAUCAGACAUUACAGAGUAACACCAGGCAAGCUAUACCUCUGCUCUCAGAACCCUUUAAUAUACCUCUGUCAAGUCUGGUUCCCCAUUUGCUCCUAAGAAGUUCCCAACUCCCAAGCAGGGCUGGAGGUGCAUUGACCAGAAGAUCUCUCCCGUCGUCCCUAGAGGGUGGGGAAAGAUUCCCCCGGCCACCAGCCCUGAGGAGGGACUACUGAGUCACAGGAGUAGAGCAGGGGGGCCUUUAAUAAUCACUGUAAUCCCUCUUAACUUAGAGCGGACUGAGAAAUUGCCCAUGGGUUCCAUUAAAAAUGUGGUCAGUGAACCUAUCGAAGGACACGAAGACUACCACAUGAUGGUAAGUAGCCGGCGUGGCCUGGCCCUCGCUAGA